AGGCCACACCAAGUGGUGAACGUUAUCUUCAAAGCUGUUUUUUCACUAAUAACUGCAAUACAAUUGGGCUUAUCAGCCCAGCAGCCCAUCCCCAGCAGCACUGCCUCGUCGUCUCGCAUAUUGGCGUUGGCAUCACCGUCGGCAUUGUGCCCAUUACCAUGCCGCCGCUGCCCGCGGCCGACGAUUUACUCAUUCUCGAGUUCAUCGCGAGCAACCGCCGUAUCCCCCACGCCGUGUUCAACUCCUUCAUCGCCUCCCAAUCCCCACCCUCCGCCUUCUCCCGCACCUCACAGCGCCUCCGAAAAGCCCUAGUGCUCCGCGCCCUCGACGCCGCCCUCUACACCGUGGGCGCCUCCUGCUCCUCCAGCCUCCUCCUCCACAAGGCGCGAAAGGUCCUCGCCGACCCCGACGCAGCCGCCUGCUUCCCCCACCAGAUUCCUUUUACAGAAAAUGAAGAAAACGAUGAGGCUAGGGCUGCGGUGGCCGAUCUCAAGCGCCUCCUCGACCUUGAGUGGGCCAACCUCCCGCCCUCCACGCUCGAGCUCGUCGCCGGGGACGGGUCCCACCAGACUGGUGCCGCUGCCGACCACACCAUGCGUACAAAGCUUCGCCUGUUCGGGGAGUCAGCGAAGCGUGAAAUUUUAGCUAAGCCUGUGCAGGUUGGAUCCGCUUCUCAUCAAUCAAUUCGGACGCAAGUUGCUGAUAACGCGAGCAAUGCCAAUAAAGCUGAUGGCGCCCGGCGAGAUGAGGCACAUCCUUCUAAUUCUAAUGUAAACUAUGAGGCUGAUAGUGAUCGUGAAAGUAUGGUUGGGCACCAAAAUGCAUCGGUUAAAGGAGCAGAGGGUCAACUUUCAGAGAAGUCUGUCUUUACUUCUAAAAAGCGCGUUCUUGUGGAGAGAAUUCCGAAGUGGGAUAGCUCUGAUGAUGAUCAGCCAGUGCGGAAGCGCAAGUUAGAUCCAUUUGAGAGAAAACCAUAUCCUUCUCCUACAUGUGCAUAUAAGAUCAGAAAGAAAUGGAGUAAGAUAGAGAUAGAAACCUUGCUGGAAGGGGUGGACAAGUAUGGCAUAGGCAACUGGAAAGAUAUCAAAUUAGCUUACCCUGGUGUCUUUGAGGAGAGAUCAACGGUAGAUCUGAAGGACAAGUUUAGAAAUUUGGGAAAGCGCCACCAUGAAUCGUCUUGAGGCUUAGUGGCGCUGUGCUUUUGCUCUGCCCUGGAGAUAUUUUAUGUUGAUGGCAGUGGUAUGCAAAAGAAGGCCUAUGUAAGGUGCAUGGAGACAUUUGGGUUUCGUGCCAAGGAUAUUGUUGACUUGUUGAGUGCACUGUUCUUAAGGCGUCGCUUAGACGUCCAGGCGGAGGUCCAACGCCUAGCCGCCUUGCCCGCCUACCGUACCUAGGCGAUGGUCCAACGCCUUGUAUCGUCUUACCGCUUUAAAAAACAUCGUUGAUGGUUGAGUGUUUAAAGAUAAGUAACUGGAACCCCACAUGAUGGCAUGUUGUCACGGGCGUGCACAACUCGAGCACCCAUCUGGCUCAGAAAAGCACCAUGGGAAGAUAGAACUCUGGCAUUGGUGGAAUCUGAUGCAAUGGUCAUUGUAAUUCUGAAUUGAAAAUUUUGAACCAGUGACACACUAAUUGUUCAAGAAGCUCAAUAUCGUUUGCUCCA